AUGUUUGUACCGACUUCGUACUCCCUGGGAGUGGUGAUGGCCUUGUGUGCCUUGGUCUGCUGGGGUUCUUGGAGCGUCACUCUGGUCCUCGCCACCGGCAAGGCGGUGAUGCCAUUUCAGCUGUACUACACGAACUUCACUAUCUCCUUUUUGGUCACCGGUUUUGUUGUUGGUUUGCUUGGUGGCUCCUUGGGAUCUGGUGGAGAAAUGUACGACUUCCACACGCCUUUCCUCCAAGAGAUCUCAGGCACUGGACAUUCGGGAGAGUGCUAUGUGUGGGGGAUGCUUGGUGGUGUGGUUUGGAACCUCGCAAACAUCUUACUUUGCAAAGGUAUCAGCAUGAUGGGAAAUGCCAUCGGCUUCCCUCUCUGCGUUGGCUUGGGAAUGGUCACUGGCGCCAUUGUCGCCUAUGUUCAGGAUCCCAAGAGCAACUUGACCUUCUUGGUUCCAGGUGUCAUUGUGGCCUUGAUGGGCAUUUGCACGGUGGGCUUCCUCUCCUAUCGGAAGGACAAAGAGGUGGAAUUCCGGCGGCAGGCCUCGGGCACCUCUGAUGAGUCCUCGGAAGCAGAGAGUGGUGAGACGAGUGGCACAGCAGAGAGUGGACCAGAGCAGAUUGACGUGGAGGUGCCGGCAAAAGCUGCCACAGCACCAGGGAUGAUCAGGAAGCUGGUGGUUUGCAUUUUGGGCGGCCUUUUGUUGGGCUUCUCCAAUAUUGGUGUCGGCAAAGCUACCUCGGAGCCGUGUUUGUUGUCGCCCUACGCCAACCAAUUCCACUUCUCCGUGGGCGUCUUCAUCACCUCACUGGUGAUGCUGCCCAUCAUCACCUCAUUUCCCAUCGAGGGCGGCGAGUCCUCGCAGAUUGCACGAGUUUUCAGGGGAUAUCGUCAAGUGAAGCUGAGACAGCAUCUCUUGGCCAUCCUUGGAGGUUUCAUCCUUUGCAUGGGUUUUUUCUUUUUCAACUUGGGCAACAAGUCCAUGAAUUUGACGGUCUCGUACUGCAUUGGCCAAUCAGCUCCACUGGUGGGCAUUCUCUGGGGUACCUUCUUCUUUAAGAAUUUCAUUGGCAACCCUUGCGCCAGCUGCCGUACUCUCUCACGGCUGCAUUUCCUGCUGGAGAGGAACCAGCUGCCUGCAGCCUGUGAGGGGCGGGUCGUCAGCGCCCUGCGCGUGGCAGCUGGCGAGCUCUGCGACGUGGUAGAGCAGCAGGGCAUCUUCAGGCCGCUGCCCCCGGCACCGAGGGUAGGAGCCCUUGACGCUGAGGCGAAAGGAAGUCCAGAAGGAGAGAGAUUGGAGGAGAAGGCCGCCAAAGAAAAGAAGGAGGACAGCAAAAAGACCGCCAAGGAAUCCAAGAAGGAGAAGAAGAGGAAGUCAGAAGCGGGAGUGGAGGAGACUCCUGUCAAAGGCAAGGAAGGGGAGGUAGGAGACGAGCCUACCGCAGAGGCUAUCCGCACCGCGAAGGCAACGCCUUUGAUCGGAAAAGAGAGGAAGGAGAAGACGGACCAGGAGGAAGUGGAUCACUACGUCGCGACGCACCCAGAACGAUUUGGGUUGGGGUCACUCUCCAUCAGAGGAAGCGCUGCCAAGCACUUCAAGGAGAACGACGCAAGGACGAGAGUUCUGGCGACGUGCCAAGGAGCAGGAGAAAUGGGGCCAAAGGCAAAAGCCAAGGCGAAGGCCGGACCCAAGGGGACGGCAAGGUUGAGUGCGAUGAAGGCGGGAGUCAAGGCCAGGGCCGCUCCUGGGAGGAAGAGGCCGGCCGGGACCGUGGGAGCCCCCAUGAAGAGUCCCCGCACCACCGGAAGAGGAGAUAUAGCAGAAGAGGCAGAGAAAAGAUGGGCAGCCGGGUACAGUGUGUUCCUGAGGCACGUAGACCCUCGAGAGUACGAGAAAGCCGGCGGCCUGGUAGUGCUGGAGGGGAGGUACUAUCACCGCAGUGUGACUCUAGCUGGUCAGGUCGUGAGCGUGACCAUGGCUGGUGGGGCCGUGCACUUGAAGCUGAGUUUGACAGGCACUGGGGACCUCAAACUCCACACUGGGAACCCUGGCUGGCUGAUGAGGGGCCACAUUUGUGGGCAGGAUUGCAACCAAGAGGAGGCAGCGGAGGAUCUGGUGCAUCUCCAGGUGGGUCGAAAGAUGAAAGGACCAGGGGAGGAUGCGCCCUGGGUGACCAACUUGGAGAAGCCGAGAGACGGAGGAGAGGACGAGCUAGCUCUCUUGCGUGCCCGGGCAGGCGCAGAUCCCCCGGGUCGAGAGGCAGGCGUAGAAGGAGGAGCCCGACCACAUCAGAAGACAGGAGAAGACGGCGGCGCACAGAAAAAGAAGAAAAAGAAAAGAGACAAGAAGUCCAAGAAGAGAAGAAAGAGAGCCAGCGAGGAGGAGAAGGACGCCUCUUCAGACGAGGAGAUACGCCUGGAUGGAACCAGACCCCGUCAGGCCAAUCAGAAAAAGGCAAGGAUGCUCUUUGCUGGGACGGGGCUGGACCCUCGAGACAAAGUGAGAAACCGUGUGGCGAGGAGAGCUCGCAAGCACAUGAAGAAGAAAGCAGAGAAGAAUUCCUCCAGUGCCAGCGGGAGCGAGACGCAGAGCAGCUCCUCUGUGGACGGAGACGAGGUCGAGGAGACGUUGUUCGACCAAGGGUCGAAAGUGAGGGGCCUGGCCGAGUACCAUCCAGGUGCAUUGGCGAGUCAGGCGUUGAGGGUGAUGAGAUCGUCUCUGUUGCAGGAGAUAGGGACGGAGGACCGCCCCAACACCCUCCCGGCUGUGGCAGUGGCCUAUUUCCGCCAGCACCUCAACCGAAAGGCCCAGGGACCCACAGCCCGAGAGCUGAUGACACUGUGUCACGCAGUAGACCAGCUCUUGAAGGCUCGACCAGCCAGUGCGAUGGAUUGCAUGAUCCAGCGUAUAAAGUCCAUCGAACAGACGAUGGCAGGCAGCCACUGGUCGGUGAGCCAGCGGCAGGAGGUCCUACCGGCGGACACAGUCACGUUGACCACAGUGCCGGAGGCGACCUCGGCGCAGAAGGAGGUGUACCAGGAGGCCAAGGCCCGAUGGUUUGCAGCCUUUCCAGAAGGCCGAGUUCCGAAGGGCGGCAAAGGAGCGGGCAAAGCCAAGUCAGAAGGGAAAGACAAGAGCGGAGGAGGCGCAGACAAGGAGAGAAAAGGAAGGAAAGGCGGCAACAAAGCGGAAGCGAACAAAAAGAAAGAGAGCUGA